GACCUGAGUUCGUGCUUACGCUUCUCGCUCGCAGUUGCGGGUAGCGCCGAGUCGAAUCUCCUGACUCUGAGGGUCUCGGGUCCUACCUUACUUCUGCCUUGUUCUCGGGAAGUCCUGGGAGUCCGGUCCCGGAAACCAUGGGGCGGCAGUGGGGGCCCUCCAUGAGGGCGGCCGAGCAGGCGGGCUGCGUGGUGAGCGCCUCCCGGGCUGGACAGCCUGAAGCGGGCUCUUGGAGCUGCAGCGGGGUGAUCCUGAGCCGCAGCCCGGGCCUGGUGUUGUGCCACGGGGGGAUCUUCACCCCCUUCCUGCGGGCUGGCAGCGGGUCCCUGACCGCGACCGGCGCCGCCUCCCUGUCCGGCGACAGUUGUGGCGACGACCUGCGCCUGCACGUACAGUGGGGACCAACGGCCGCGAGUCCUGCCGGCCGCGCGGAGCAGGGCCGCCCGGGGCUGUGCACGCCCCAAUGCUCGGGCCUCGAUCCCGGCCUGGCCGCGCGGCCCCGCGGACGACCCCUGCAACCGCCGCGCACGGCCGAGUUACUGCUGCUGCUAAGCUGCCCGACCUUUCGGACCCACUUCGAACGCCUCUUCGGAGGCGAGGUGGCAGAGCAGUGGCGCUUCGCGAGCGCCGCGCCUGAGGACGAGGUGUCAGAGGACGAAGAGGAGGAUCAGCUGAGAGCGUUGGGCUGGUUCGCGCUGCUGCGCGUGCAGCCGGGCCAGGAGGCAGAGGAGGAGGUCGGGCCCAUGGUAACGGUGGCGCCUUUCGAGGUCGUGCCCAAGGGCGCCCAGCUGCUGGCCUGCGGUUCCCCGUUCGGGGCUUUUUGCCCAGACAUCUUCCUCAACACGCUGAGCCGCGGGGUGCUCAGCAACGCGGCGGGCCCUCUGCUGCUUACUGACGCCCGCUGCCUGCCAGGCACCGAGGGCGGCGGCGUGUUUGCUGCGCGGCCCACUGGAUCUUUGGUGGCGCUGGUGGCGGCGCCGCUCUGCUGGAAGGCCCGCGAGUGGGUGGGCCUCACUCUCCUCUGCGCCGCAGCCCCGCUCCUCCGCGUCGCCCGCGAGGCGCUCUCCCACCUCCAGCCGGAGGCCGCUGCUCUGGCUGAUCUCUUGCCGCCCGAGGUGGGCGCCCCGCGGGGCCUGUCCCUUCAAGACCCGGGACCCCCGUGGGCAGCCGCAGCUGUGCUGGUGGAGUGCGGCACCGUAUGGGGCUCUGGAGUGGCCGUGGCGCCUCGCCUCGUGGUAACCUGCCGGCACGUGGCCCCUCGGGAGGCGGCCAGAGUCCUGGUGCACUCUGCCACUCCCAAGAGUGUGGCCAUCUGGGGACAGGUGGUGUUUGCCACCCAGGAGACAUCUCCUUAUGACAUAGCAGUGGUGAGCCUGGAGGAGGACCUGGACGGUGUCCCUAUGCCUGUGCCUGCUGAGCACUUCCACGAAGGAGAGGCUGUCAGUGUGGUGGGCUUCGGUGUCUUCGGCCAAGCCUGUGGGCCCUCAAUGACCUCAGGCAUCCUGUCGGCUGUGGUGCAGGUGGACGACACACCAGUGAUGCUGCAGACCACGUGUGCUGUGCAUGGUGGCUCCAGUGGGGGACCCCUGUUUUCUACCCACUCGGGGGACCUCCUGGGCAUUGUUGCCAGCAACACCCGGGACAACAACACAGGGGCCACCUACCCGCACCUGAACUUCAGCAUUCCCAUCACCGUGCUGCAGCCCGCCCUGCAGCGGUUCAGUCAGACUGGCGACCUGGGGGGCUUCCGCGAGCUGGACCGUGCCGCCGAGUCCAUCAGUGUGGUGUGGAGGCUGCAGCGGCCCCUGCCCGAGGCCCCUAGGAGCAAGCUCUGAGGCUUUGUCAUCCCCCCUGCCCCCAGAAGAAGAGUGACUGUUUUGUGCCACACAAAGUGAUGUUGAGGUUGUGGCCACCUUAGGAUCCAGGGGCCCACCCAGCUCCGGACUCCAGUCCCACGGGCCUCAGAGCUGCAGCCUGUUUUGGGGUGCUUUCUUGACUCCUACUUCCCCAGCAUAGACUCAGUCAUGUUCUUUCCCUCCUGGGGAUCCAGCCCACCUGCACAGCACUCUGGUCCUGGUAGUCAGGUGCUGUCUGUCCUGCUGACUCCUGGCCACGUUGGUCGGGGCUUGUAGAGGACUCUGGGCUUGCUCAGAAGACCUCGGCUCAGAGGGCCUAACUCUGAAGGCCAGAGACAAAGGGGUGGGAUACAGUGUGUCCCUGUUCUGCCACACCUGUGGGCAGGCAGGUCCCUGAGGGCCAGGACUCCUGGGUCUUCACUCAUGCAGUGCCUUCAUUCUCCAGCCCACAGCCUGGGUCUCAGGGACCUUGGGGGUAGGAUGUGUGGUUGGGACCUGGAAUAAACACCAUCUACU